CGUCCAAGUCCAACCGUGAGUCCAAGCCCGUCGAGAGUGGAACCCACACCUCACCUCACCUCGGCCCCUUCUUCCUUCUUCCUUCUUCCUUCCCGGUCCGGUCUGUUUUUCCGUGGAAAGCAGGAAGCAAGGAUUACCGGUAGAAUCAUACAUACUAUGUACACGAUAAAAAUUCUUUCGUUCUGGACGAUGGAAACCUGGUCGGUUGGGGCGAUCGUAGGUAUGUACUCUAUGUACCCUAUAGUGAUCAUCGAUGUUGAGUACUACCUUCUUCUUCCUCCGAGCGCGGACUGGCGGACUUGCGGGCUGGUGGGAGGACUGGUGGGCUGGUUGGUGGACUGGCUGGCUGGCUGGGGAGUGUGUUUCCUCCUGUUUCCCGACUGCGGGCCUGAAGCCGCGGACCUGGAAGCUGGAGGCUGGAAGCUAGAGGCUGGAGACUACCUGGAGGUUGGAGCCGCGAGUGUUGGGCUUGGAGCUUGAUGCUUCGCAGUCCUGGCUUCCAGAAACGCCACGGCGGCACCAGCGGAAACGCCAUGGCGGCAUCGGCGGCGACCGCGGUGGUGGCGGCGGCGAGGGGUAG